CCAGCACACCUACAGCCUAGGGAAUGACCUGCUGGGUGGCACGGAGGUGGAAAGGGAUCUUGGAGUCCUAGUGGAUUCCAAGAUGAACAUGAGCCGGCAGUGUGACGAAGCCAUCAGAAAAGCCAAUGGCACUUUAUCGUGCAUCAGCAGAUGCAUGACGAAUAGGUCCAGGGAGGUGAUACUUCCCCUCUAUAGGGCGCUGGUUAGACCGCAGUUGGAGUACUGCGUGCAAUUCUGGGCGCCGCACUUCAAGAAGGAUGUGGAUAACCUGGAGAGGGUACAGCGAAGGGCAACUCGUAUGGUCAAGGGCCUGCAGACCAAGCCCUACGAGGAGAGACUAGAGAAACUGGACCUUUUCAGCCUCCGCAAGAGAAGGUUGAGAGGCGACCUUGUAGCUGCCUAUAAGUUCAUCACGGGGGCACAGAAGGGAAUUGGUGAGGAUUUAUUCACCAAGGUGCCCCCGAGGGUUAGAAGAAACAAUGGCCACAAGCUAGUAGAGAGCAGAUUUAGACUGGACAUUAGGAAGAACUUCUUCACAGUUCGAGUGGCCAAGGUCUGGAACGGGCUCCCAAGGGAGGUGGUGCUCUCCCCUACCCUGGGGGUUUUCAAGAGGAGGUUAGAUGAGUAUCUAGCUGGGGUCAUCUAGACCCAGCACUCUUUCCUGCCUAUGCAGGGGGUCGGACUUGAUGAUCUAUUGAGGUCCCUUCCAACCCUAACAUCUAUGAAUCUAUGAAUCUAUGAUCCUGUCUGAGGCAGGCCUUGGAGUAGAUGUGACCCUGCAGGUCCCUUCCAACCUCGACUUCUCUAUGAUGUCUAUGAUCACCCCUAGAUUUCCAGGAGCCGCGGGAGAAGCACCAAGUGGCUGAAGCGGUUCAGGGAAUCUGGGACUUCUGGAAGCAAAAUAGCACCUUGAACAAGCCCGACCUGGAUCAGACAGAUCAGCCGCUGGUGGGCAAAAUUGAGCCCUUACAGGUCCUUUGGGAAGAGGUCAUCACCCCUUGUGCUGUGAUGAAGAACCAGUUCAGAAACGUCGUGACCAAGCUUUCCCAAGGCUGGAGACAUCACGGAGGGAACCUCUACUACUUUUCAAAGGAGAAAAGUUCCUGGGAGGAGGCCGAGUGCUUUUGCGUGUCCCAGAACUUGCACCUGAGUGCUGUCCUCUCCCAGGAAGAGCAGGAGUAUCUUGCCAUGCAACUCAGAGGUGCAGAUCACUGGAUCGGGCUGAGUGACCAUGAGGCAGUAGGCUCCUGGCGCUGGGUGGAUGGCUCCAAGUACACGGAGGGGUUUUGGACAGAAAGCCAGGCAGACAACUGGGAUCAGGGAGUUGGAGGGACAGAAGACUACGUUCACCUGGACCACAUUAUGAAAGAUGGAACGAUGCCAACUGCACCCUGCAGCACCGGUGGAUCUGUAAGGCGGCCCUGGGGUAGGCCACUGUUCUCCCAGGGAAGCCACACGCGGUAGCCUGGGACCGUAGAAUAAGCAUCUGUAAAGCAAGCUCGCUCAGAAUAGGUUAAGACAAGUUCAGAUAAGUGCUUUUUGGGCAUCACUAGUAGCAGUUAAGAGCAACAGCCGGUGUUCUGCUUUGUGAUAAGAGCUGAAUUGCACGUAGUCGGCUAGCAGCCUAGGAUCCCCAAACCGCGGGCAUGCAGAUCCACAGAGCCAGGCCCCCCUGCACCAACACCGACUGUGCGACAAAACAACAGAAUUGGCCGGUUAUCACCUCGAGCCCCUGCUUGCACGCGUCCCCAGACUGCCAAUAAAGGCAGUCAGCGCAUAUUUAAUAAAACAGGCCUCACAGAAAAGUUGGGUGUCAA